UGGCCGCCGUUUUGUGGCGUUUCGCCUUUUGUCAUCAUCAUAUGCGCCAUUUUAAGACUUUUAUUUGGUGCGGCUUUUAUGGACUUGUGGUGGUUGUUAAAUUUUGGUAAACUGUUACUGUUACACUAAUAUGUCAAAACCAGAAGCGAUGGAGACUGGUGAUACUGCUGAAAACUCUAAUGAGUCUUCAGUAGAGACCGUUUCUUCAAAAGGAAGGCCAGAAGACUUUGAGACAAAAAUUGAAACUGAUCGAGGGAAAAGGUUUGAAUACUUGUUGAAGCAGACUGAGAUCUUCUCUCAUUUUAUGACCAACAACAUCAAUAAGGCUGCGAGUCCGGUGAAGAAGGCUGGUCGACCUCGCAAAGAUAAGGGAGACUCCAGUAAAACAGCAGCCUCUUCUGCAGAUGCGGGAGACCAUCGCCAUAGAAAGACAGAGCAGGAGGAAGAUGAAGAAUUACUUGCAGAAACAAACUCUCAGAGCAAGACAAUCGCUAGGUUUGAAGCAUCACCUUUUUACAUCAAGAACGGGGAGAUGAGAGACUAUCAAGUACGAGGUCUGAACUGGAUGAUAUCUCUCUACGAAAAUGGCAUUAAUGGUAUCUUGGCAGACGAGAUGGGUCUGGGGAAAACAUUGCAGACAAUUUCUCUAUUAGGGUAUAUGAAGCACUAUCGCAACAUUCUCGGGCCACAUAUGGUGAUUGUGCCAAAGUCAACAUUGGCCAACUGGAUGAAUGAGUUCAAGAAAUGGUGCCCAAGUCUGAGAGCAGUUUGUCUGAUUGGUGACCAGGAGGCCAGAAACUCUUUCAUCAGAGAUGUCCUGAUGCCAGGUGAAUGGGAUGUUUGUGUGACCUCUUAUGAGAUGGUUAUCAGGGAAAAAGGAGUGUUCAAGAAGUUCAACUGGAGGUAUAUGGUGAUUGACGAAGCUCAUCGUAUCAAGAAUGAAAAGUCCAAACUUUCUGAGAUCGUAAGGGAAUUCAAAACCACCAACCGACUCCUGUUGACAGGAACUCCACUUCAGAACAAUCUGCACGAGCUCUGGUCUCUUCUCAACUUUCUGCUGCCGGAUGUUUUUAACUCUUCCGAUGAUUUCGAUUCUUGGUUCAACACCAACAACUUUAUGGGUGACAAUUCCCUGAUUGAGAGGUUGCAUUCAGUUUUAAGACCUUUCUUGCUGAGACGUUUGAAGUCAGAAGUAGAAAAACGAUUGAAGCCUAAGAAAGAAGUUAAAAUCUACGUUGGGCUGAGUAAAAUGCAGCGUGAAUGGUACACCAAAGUAUUGAUGAAGGAUAUUGAUGUGGUGAAUGGAGCAGGCAAGAUAGAAAAGAUGCGACUGCAGAACAUUCUCAUGCAGCUGCGAAAAUGCAGUAACCACCCGUAUCUGUUUGAUGGAGCUGAACCUGGCCCUCCAUACACCACUGACGAACAUCUGGUGUAUAACUGCGGUAAGAUGGUGAUCCUGGACAAGUUGCUGCCCAAGUUGAAGGAGCAAGGCUCUAGAGUACUUAUCUUCAGUCAGAUGACCAGGAUGAUAGACAUCCUGGAGGACUACUGCUUCUGGAGAGGCUUUCAGUAUUGCAGAUUGGACGGUCAGACACCUCAUGAAGACAGACAGCGACAGAUCAACGAGUACAAUGCAGACGACAGCGAGAAGUUCAUCUUCAUGUUAUCCACCCGAGCUGGAGGUCUGGGUAUCAACUUGGCCACAGCGGACGUCGUCAUCAUCUAUGACUCCGACUGGAAUCCUCAGAUGGAUCUACAGGCUAUGGAUCGUGCCCAUCGUAUCGGCCAGAAGAAGCAGGUGAGGGUGUUUAGACUGAUAACAGAAAACACUGUGGAAGAGAAGAUUGUUGAAAGAGCGGAAGUCAAGUUAAGGCUGGACAAGCUGGUUAUACAACAAGGUCGUCUAGUAGACAACAAGAACACAUUGAACAAAGACGAGAUGCUCAAUAUGAUCCGACACGGAGCCAAUCAUGUGUUUGCUUCAAAGGAUUCGGAAAUCACUGAUGAAGACAUUGAUACCAUCUUACAGAAGGGCGAAGCCAAGACGGAGGAGAUGAAAAAGAAGCUGGAAGAUAUUGGGGACGAAUCCUCCUUGAGGAACUUCACAAUGGAAGUUCCAACAGAAUCUGUGUACAAGUUUGAAGGUGAAGAUUACAGAGAAAAACAGAGAGUAAUGGGGAUCGGCAAUUGGAUUGAGCCUCCAAAGAGAGAACGCAAGGCAAACUACGCUGUGGACGCUUACUUCAGAGAGGCCCUCAGAGUGUCUGAACCCAAGGCUCCUAAAGCCCCUCGUCCGCCGAAACAACCGAUUGUCCAAGACUUCCAAUUCUUCCCUCCUCGACUAUUUGAGCUGCUUGACCAAGAGAUUUACUACUUCAGGAAGACCGUUGGAUACAAGGUUCCAAAAAAUCCGGAGUUGGGUAGUGAAGCAUCAAGGAUACAGAAAGAAGAACAAAGAAAAAUUGAUGACGCACAGCCUUUGAAUGAUGAUGAAAUUGGCGAAAAGGAAAAGUUGCUCACUCAGGGAUUUACAAACUGGACCAAAAGAGACUUCAAUCAGUUUAUCAAGGCCAAUGAGAAGUAUGGCAGAGACGACAUUGAUAACAUAUCUAAAGAUGUUGAAGGCAAAACUCCGGAGGAGGUGCGGCAGUACAGCCGGGUGUUCUGGGACCGUUGUCACGAGCUGCAGGACAUUGACAGGAUCAUGGCCCAGAUAGAGCGAGGCGAGGCCAAGAUACAGCGCCGGGCCAGCAUCAAAAAAGCCCUUGACGCUAAGGUCGGUGAUAUGGCAAGAUACAGAGCUCCAUUCCAUCAGCUGAGGAUUGCAUAUGGCACCAACAAAGGAAAGAAUUUUAUUGAAGAAGAAGACAGAUUCCUUGUCUGUAUGCUUCAUAAGCUUGGUUUUGACAAGGAAAAUGUCUAUGAAGAGCUCAGAGCUGCUGUCAGAUGUGCCCCGCAGUUCCGAUUUGACUGGUUCAUCAAGUCAAGAACGGCGAUGGAGCUUCAAAGAAGGUGCAAUACGCUUAUCACUCUCAUUGAGAGAGAGAACCAAGAAUUAGAAGAGAAGGAGAGAGCAGAGAAAAAGAAGAGAGCGCCGAGAGGUAGUGGGAAACGGAAAAGUGAAAAUGUCAGCGGACAGACACCAGAUCAAAAAACACCCAAGAAAAAGAAAAAGUAGAUGUGAACAAACAGUGGACUGUCCUUAAUUUAUUUCAAAUGUGUCUAGAAAUUAAACAAUUGAAAGUACCUCAACAGCGUUAAGAAUCAUGAAAAUGUGUAGCAAAAGUGUAAUUGUUCAACAUCAAUGUUUAACUGGUGCUCAUUUUUCAUCGUCAGUAACGAUUACUGUAACAAUUAAAUUUUAAAAGUAAAUAAAAAAAUUUAAACUGAAGGGAUUUUAUAAACAUUGUCUUUUACAUGCCGAACUGUACUUGCAUGCUAUUUAGUCAUUGUGAGUUUGUUACCGGUACUUAUUUUGUUUUAUCAUUAAAUAGCAUUUAGUAAAUAAGAAAAGCUUAACUGAUCAGAACAGAGCUCUACAUGUUUCAUUCCAUUGUUUAGUAGAAUAAUAGUAUUUAAUAUUUUGUGUUAAAUAAAUGAGUUUCUAAAGCUCCUUUAAACUUACCAUGUAUUUUUUACUGUUUUGUUUUGAAUCAAGAAUAUUUACAAAGGACAUUUUUGUCAUAAAUAAUGCUGGAAAUGAAAAAGUAUGAUAAUUUUAAUCUUUCACAGCUUUAUUAGUUAAUUUUACAGAGGAGACCCAAUAUUUCAAACUUUGAGAAGAAUUGUGUACUAAGCGGACAGUUUUUGAGAACCAUAGGUCUAACAAAAAUUGAAAUAUAUUAGAUGUACAUAACUUGAGGAAAGGUUUGGCAUUUGUCUUUGCCAUGUAACUUGCUAUUGUGGCUCAACCAGUAAACAUGGAAAUGCUUUGCAAUAAAAACCUCACCUGCCCAUUGUCAUUUUAUUGUUCUGUUUUUU